UGCCUUGAUGUGUUCGUGAAACUAGAAAUUUUGGGAGAGAGAGAGCUUCCACGUAAGUGACAGGAUGAACUAACCUAAUUUUAUGUACGAUCAGUUUCACGACCAAUCUUCUCGUGCAUUUUCAUUUUAUUACAACGUCAGUCACGCACGGACGUAAAAUUCUUUCAAAAUGGUGUCUGUCUUGAAUACUGUUGACACUGGCCAUGAGGAUAUGAUUCACGACGCCGAGAUGGAUUAUUACGGUUUGAGGUUAGCUACUUGCUCAAGCGACAACUCGGUGAAGAUAUUCGACCUGAAAAACGGCAACCAAAGUUUGGUCGCUGAACUCAAAGGACAUAUCGGCCCCGUAUGGCAAGUGGCAUGGGCACAUCCCAAGUUUGGCAAUCUUCUAGCGUCCUGUAGUUAUGACAGGAAAGUGAUCAUCUGGAAAGAACUCGGAGAAUGGACAAAAGUGUACGAACACACAGGUCAUGAUUCGUCUGUCAAUUCCGUCGCGUGGGCACCGCACGAGUUUGGUUUAAUUUUGGCAUGCGGCAGCUCAGAUGGGUCGAUCUCCAUUCUUACAAACACUGGAGAUGCUUGGCACACGCAAAAAAUACCAAAUGCUCACACCAUCGGUUGUAACGCGGUUAGUUGGUGUCCCGCGAUCGAUUCCGGCUUCGAUGCCAACGCGACGCAACAGAGGAGCGGUCCUGUUAAAAGAUUAGCCACUGGCGGCUGCGACAAUUUAGUGAAAAUUUGGAAGGAAGAAGGUGACAGAUGGGUGGAAGAAAAUAAGCUGGAGGCGCAUAGCGAUUGGGUUCGGGAUGUAGCUUGGGCACCAGCGGUUGGACCAUCCCGAGCUGCUUUAGCGUCCUGCUCGCAAGAUCGUCGCGUGGUCGUCUGGACAUCCAACGAUUACGCCAGUUGGAUACCGAACAUCCUUAAUGUUUUCGACGAUGUAAUUUGGAACGUCAGCUGGUCAUUAACGGGAGGGAUCUUGGCGGUCAGUGGCGGAGAUAAUAAAGUUUCCUUGUGGCGUGAAAAUUCCGAAGGACAAUGGGCAUGUAUCUCUGAACUGAACAAGGGCCAAGGCAAUCUGAACAGUACGGCGGAUCAGCGCGCAUUGUAAUAUUACUUAUGAGGAUGUAAAGUAACAUUAUUUUGUACAAGUAAGCAUUGUAAAUUAAUAUACAGGUUGUUUGACGGUA